GUGAGAAAGUCAGGAUCCCUUUGCUCCUCUGUAACCUAGGAGAAAUGCACAUCCAUUUUACCACCUUUACCAAGGCUGAACUUGUGCAAGGAUGUAUGAAGGCGAUACGGUUUUUGUCACAACCAUAAUUCUCUGAUGUUCAAGAGAGAACAGAAGCUGAGAGGUGAGUUUGAUACUUGAUUUGCACCUCCUGCUGAGACCAGAGAUCAUAAUAUGGGCUGAUAUUAUCUGGGAGAAGCUAACUUUGGGCAAUACAAAUGCCAGUGGCAGUGGAAAUGAGCUUUGGGCUUCAGAGUGAAAAGCAACAACACAAGCUAAUACCUCUUGAAGGAAGCAGUAGCCCCACCAUUCCUUUAAAAAACUUCUCUAACCUUGAGGAAGUUAAUAAUUAUCACUAAUUAUGGUCACUAAUACCCCCUUUUUUGGGUGUUGACCAUAUAUGAUUCUAGGACUCUUGGAGGAAACUGAUUUUAUACCUAUUUCAAGCAGGUUUCAGGUCUGGUUUUGGUGCCAAAAUCACCCUGGUUAUCCUGAUAUCCCUAUUCUGGGAUAGACACAGGGGGAAUGCAAUUGUUGAUUCUGCUGAACCUCUCAGUGGGUUUAGAUUUCAUUUAUCAUUGUAUCCUCCUGAAGUAGCCAUAUGAAUUAGCUGUAGGAGGCACAAUGGUGCAGUGUUUCUGUUUCCAUUUGCGUCUGGUACCAAGAGGUAGUUCUGGGGAACAACUGCAUAGCAUUUUGCUGUGGGCCUCACAAAGAUUCUGUGCUAUUUAAAAAUCUAUAUGAAGCCACUGAGAGAGAACAUCAAUAUGCAGGUGAUGUUCAGUUCUGUCUGCCUAAAGUAUGUACAUCAGGAGAGGCAGUGGGUAAAUUUAGUUUGAUUAGAUUAAAUCAUUUGAGGGACCAGUCCUUCUAGUCUCUUGCCUACAAGCAGGACAGAAAUGGAAUCAGCAUUGCAGUGGGAUAGGAAACUUUUGGCCCUCCAAAGCUUGUUGAACUCCCAUUAGCUCCAGCCAGCAUGUCAGGGAUGAUGUGAGUUGUAGCCCAACGUGAGUCAGGGGUUCACACAUUAGCUACUUCUGGUCUAAGCAGACAGAAGGCUGGAGGGUGUUGCGGCAGUAGGAAAAGGGCAUCUGUGGAAAGGUUUAACCACCCACCAGGUGCGCCGGGUUCCGCCCAACAUUGGGGGAGUCCAGUGCAUGUGUGUGACAUCAUGUGUGUGGUGCACGUGAUGUCACAUGGUGGGAGGAGGCCCAAUGGGGCCUGGCGCACCCUCCGAAAGGCCUGAUGGGGCUUAGCUGCAGCCAUGGGAGGGCCCGACAAAGCCCGUUGCAGCUGUGGGAGGGCCCAAUGGCACCUGACUGCGGAAUAUUGAGGGGGCCCGGCCCCCUCAUUGAAUUUUUUGGGGGGACUCGCUCCCCAUAGAUGGCGUGCCAGCCACCCACACUCCUUGUCCACUGAAAAUCAUUGCCUUCUGAAGCUACUUUUCCUAAUUAAAAGUAGGAAUAAAUUAUGUUCCCAUGCAAAUGUGUGUAACUUCUAGUUUAAGGACCAAUAUGUUAAAGGUCUGAAGAACUAAGAACAGGCACCUGCUAGUGCCACCUAAUGGUAAUGUAUUGUAAGAAAUUAGUUGGCAUUCUACCUAGCUGGGGUUUUAAAAGCCGUCAUAGUUGUGACAAAUUUAUUGCUAACAUUACAUUCAUCUCCUGGUCAGCCAUAAUCUUUCUGCUUCACUCAAUCUACUUGGGCCACUAUGUAGCUCUUUACACAGCUUUCGUACCAUUUUUAUAUUGGCUAGAAGAGCACAGUAUUCCCCCACUGUGGCAUCUUAUGUGCAUCAGGAAUAUUUUACGAAGGAUAUGAUGAGACUGGAGCUUCGGCUCCCUUAGUCUAAGCCUUAGAUUCUAAGGCUUUGGGUUAUUCCACAUGUAUGUACGCAUGCAACAAAUUCAGAGCUAAAAUAUCCCAAGUUCUGCACUGUCAUGUUAUAUUUGCAUGUAUUUGCUCUUCAUAGGUAAAGGUAAAGGGACCCCUGACCAUUUGUUCUUCAUAAUUCAUUCUAAUUGUUGCUCUUCUGUGAAUGAUGGGAAACGAUUAGGAGCUAUAGCUACCUUCUGAGUCAUGGAAUUUUUUUCUACCUCAGGCUUCUGAGGCCCCUUUUCCAGACAAGCAUCUUCCUAUUAAGAAGGCCUAGAUAAUCUCAUCAGUCCCAGAUGGUAUGGCCAAUGGCCAGGGAUGACGGGAGUAGUAGACUCUACCCCUGCUCUUUUCCCUAAACUGUUGGUUUGAUUUGUUUUUAAUAAUGUUUUUAAUAUUGCAACCCACCCUGGGACCUUAGGGUGACGGGGGUUACUAAUUAUAUAAUAAAUGCUAUAACUUGUAUAGUACAGUACCAUUCCAUACUAUUAUCUAUUAAGGUAAACAGGAACAGUGAUGAUAAAACAAAAAAAGAAAGAGACCACACUCAUUUCUGGCAAAGGCUUUAUUUUAUAAAAUGGCAAAACGGAAUCCCCAGAAAUGACAGAUCCAUCACUUGGACCAAGACUCUGCUCUUAUACAAGAGCGGAUUCAGGUUCCCCUGCCCACUGUCAGCCAGUUUAGGCUACAAGUGUAUCUAUCCAUUUACACACAUAUACAUGUUUCAUUUUUUAUAAAUACAUGGGACUGAGUGGAAUGCUGCGUGUGAACAUGGCUGUCCUGUCUAAUCAUUUUAAAACAAGCCCUUGACUAUGGAAUAUCCAUACUCAGCCAUGUUAACUGGUAGGGGGUAGAAGAUACAACUGGGUAAUUUAUGUCCUAAAAUGCAGCUUAUUCUAGAACUUCUCUAGAUGCAGAGGCUCUAAUCAUUAUUGCACACAAGUGAAGAAAGAGCCCACACACAUUACAGAACAGAAACAGGCUCAUCUCUUUACUGGAAACAGCAGCGGGGGACAAAUUAGGUUCCAUAAUGCAAAAGGCAUCAACUACUUUCAGUCCCAGUGAAGAUGUCCAAAGCUGCAAUCCUAUAUGUACUUGCUUGGGAGUAAGGCCCAUUGAAAUCAGUGGGACUUACUUCUGAGUAAACAUACACCAGAUCACACUGCACAUUCCUGAAAUUAUGGGAAGGAAAGUGCUUGGAAGGGUGGUCAAGUAAGUUCCAGGACUUAUUCCACUUCUCCAUCUGGCCAGAUGCACCAGUCAGCUGGAGAAAGGCAUGUAGGAAGGAAUAGAAUAGAAGGAAUGCUUAUGAUACACAAAGGUAAAAACAAACUGCUGACAUUUCUCAAGGUGAAAACCUAAAACAUGCUUACUACAAAGUAUGUUCCAUUGAACUCUAUGGACUCAAGUAGGAAAUAAAUAAGGUUUGGUUGUGGUUGUAGAAAUGGAAGAAAAAAACUUAAGUAUAGACUGUUCAGUGCUCUGGCAACCUUCAGCAGGAUGGUUUUUUAAUGGUUACUAGACUUGCUGUUUUUCUCUCCUACCACAAACCCCUAUCCACUGCAAUAAAUGAGGGGAGACAAGUGUGUUUUUACAAGCAGAAGAUGAUCUAUUGAAAGAACAUUCAGGACCAAAUUUACUGCUACCCUACUUCACACAUAGAAAUGGCCAUCAAAACAGGUUUUAAAUGCUACCAGCAGAAAACAUGAGGUUGCCAGGUGGCAAUCUGGAGAUCUUGUCCAAAGGUUCUGAAGCAGCAGAGGAGGUUACCCAAUUCCUUCACCACUCUCUUCAUCCCUUCCUUUACUGCCUGCCAUUGGAAGAAUUUCAUACCAGAGAAGAGAUGAAUGGUGGUGGCAUGGGGCAAGAGAGUAGCCUUUCCUGCUGCCUCAACCUAAAGGCAUACACACCAUCUUCCCAAAUGGUAAUCUAGCUGCUUGUUUAGGGUUGUAUUUUAGAUUAACAAAUUAUUGAAUACUGCUGUAUUUUAGGGUACAUGUGAAUAUUAUGACUGAGUAUUAAGAGAGUCCCCCUGUUCCUGCCAUGUAUGAACAGAAAAUUAUAGCUUUCCACUGUGCAUCUUUCAGGAGCAUUAAUUUAUGGGGGGGAUCAGCCUAUUGUUAAAAAAAGAAAGGAUAUAGCCCUUUCAGAGUUAAUUGGUAUUCAAUAAUGAAUUGAUCAUGCUGAAUUUGGGGAAGGCCUUUAUUAGGCAGACAGGGCAUUUUCAAAUGGUAGCAGCUAUUGUUCCAUAAUGCUUCCUUGAAAAUGCUCUUGAGAGGGAAGAGAAAAGGAGGGGAAAGAAUGAUCCUUUUGCUUCCGUUCCUGAAUAGAUGACCCUCCAAAUAUAAUCUUCAAAAAAUCUGGAAGACAUGAUGUUUUGGACUAUAUGUGACUUUUAAGCAGAUGGUUCAGAAAUGUACUUAGACUGACUGUGUCUCUUUGUUUGCAAAAGCAGCUGCAGGGGCUCCUGAUCCAGAUUGAGACCAUGGUGUGGGAAAAGUUCCUAACCACUGAACAAACAUGACAUGGUCAGUCCAAGCAAAUAUUUUUCAAUCAUGUUCUUAAGACAUGUCUAGUUUGAGAACCAAGCUCUCUCUUCCUUAAAUAGUGGGUGAUAAUACUGGUUUUGGACUUCAUUCCAGAGCAGCUAUUAUUUAGCAAUUAACAGCCUAUGUCUUACCUUAAAGAAAUAAUUGUGAUGGAAGGUAUGUAAUCAAACAGACUUUUCUGUUUAACAUGGGCAGACUGCUGAGGAGGUGAGAUCCCAAUUCUAACACAUUUUUCUUCACAUAGGGCUAAAAAUGAUCUCACCUGACAGUGGAAAGAACAUACACAGUCUCCAGUCAAGUUUAGGUAUUGCAAGACUUGAAUGUCUUGCAGUCACUCCUACCCAGAAUUAGAAAUCCAUUCAGUAGUUUACCGUAGAGAUUACUGCCAUAAAGGAACUAACCUAUAUUAUCAAAUUAAGACAGAAAUUAGUUUACAAUGACUGUUUUUAGCUUAUCCCCUCCUACAAAAGAAUUAAAAGAACAUUCAAGCUUAGCAAUGAGUUAGUAUUAGGAACUUCAGUGUUGCAAGACUCACACCUUUUGGGUUAUUUCUGCCAGAAAUACACUGUAACAAGGGUAAUGAAAAUAAGCAAGUCUUGGAAGGAAUGGCUUAGACUAGCAUACUCGGUGCCACUCGCAUUACUUAAGUUGUGCAAUGGGUUUCCUAAUCUCCACUUUCUCAGCAAGGGAUAUUUCAAAAGCACCCAAACAUAACCAAGACAAAAACAAAUUUAGUAAGUAAAUAUGCUAUUUGACUUUAUGACCAUUUUUUCCCGGUAGCAUUGUAUCACAUGCAAUCCAGUAAAUGCUCUCCCUGGAAAGUCUGGCGCACCAUCUUGCUGUUAAUGCUGGCAUGAAUGAUAAGAUAGGAAUCUGGUACACUGGAGUUUAAAAAGUAAAUGCCGUGGUGAAUUGAGGCACUUUCCACCAGGUAUGCUAGCUCUGUCCAUUAUGCCUGCUGAAAUUAUUUCCUCCAGGUGGCUGGAUCUGAAUAGAGUCGAGGAGAGGCCGUAGAGCUUGUCCAAAAGGUCUGAAGCCACAAGAAAGACAUAAGGGAUGGUUGGGGAAAAGAGAAUUUAAGUUUUCCAAGCACUCUGAACACAAAUAGGUUCUCAACUAAAAUUAAAAACAUGCUACUUAUUGAGAAGAAUGAAGGCAAACUACUAAGGAUGUUCCUAUAAAAUGAUACAUGAGCUGAGCCGAGCCCAUGCCACUAUUUCAUCCAUCGGCAAAACAGAUGGAGUGUAAAGGAGAUCAGCACAGGCCUCACUUGUAACACCUAGAAGUACAGUGGCACAGAAGCAAUUCUUUGUCAAGUCCACCUUUAGGGCUGGGGGUGGACCAUCUGUGUCUCUUGGUUGUAGCGGCAUAAAUGUCUGGGUUGGUGUGCAUUACUCAAAAACAUGUUGCCAUCCCAAACUACAGAGCCCCAGGGUUGCUUGCAGUGUAGUAUUGGCUGCUGGAGCAUAGAACAUAAGCUGCAUGUUGCUGUGGUGUCAGGUACCUGUGAGCCUAAAGUUAUGCCCCAGUCUCCACUGCAACAGGUAUGGGGUGUUGCACCUCUCCAUUUAGGCCACAGCUGGCAAUGUAAUAUGCUGAGAAUUGUGUUCCAGCAUUCUCCCAUAUUGGGGAAUAUUUGUUUCAAACUGCAUGCUGCAUCUACUUUCCAUGGCUAUGUUUUAGAUGAGCCUAGAUACAUAACGGGGACGCGGGUGGCGCUGUGGGUUAAACCACAGAGCCUAGGACUUGCCGAUCAGAAGGUUGGUGGUUUGAAUCCCGACGAUGAGGUGAGCUCCCGUUGCUCAGUCCCUGCUCCUGCCAACCUAGCAGUUCAAAAGCACGUCAAAGUGCAAGUAGAUAAAUAAGUACCGCUCCAGCGGGAAGGUAAACGGCGUUUCCGUGCACUGCUCUGGUUCGCCAGAAGCGGCUUAGUCAUGCUGGCCACAUGACCCGGAAGCUGUACGCCGGCUCCCUCGGCCAAUAAAGCGAGAUGAGCGCCGCAACCCCAGAGUCGGUCAUGACUGGACCUAAUGGUCAGGGGUCCCUUUACCUUUUUUUAGACACAUAACAGGGUGCGUAACCCACUGAACCCUCUACAGAUGUACUUUUCAAAGCAAUGCAAUGCUUGUAAUGCUUGUGAGCUAGUCCAGCCCAAAGAUAGACAGGACUGAAAACUGACAAUACUCUUAACUAAUGCAACUAACAACCACAUGUUCCAACAAGUUUCAUGUCCAAAGAAGUCCAAGGUUCAUCUCCAGCCACUGCUAUGUUUCCACAGCGUUUUGAGUAAGUCACUUCAAAAAUAACUUUGGUAAGAUCUCCUACUACUGUUUCUCUGCCACCUGCCCCCACAACUUGUUUGUUUUAUAAAGUAGCCAAAGUCCUAAAAGUUGUGAUGGCUCUUUAGAGAAUUACAUUAACUGAGAUGAAACAGUACCUCUUUUAGGCUUAAACAACAUGUUACAAUAAGCAUGCUUUUUAGAAGCAUGCUUAAACCAGCCACUUUUAUUUUGAUGAAAAAGCAGCCACAAGGACCUCAAACAGAUUAGGGCCCUGCCCUGGUUUCCUGUGACAAAUAACCGUCCCUGAAAGUGCUGUUUAUUGCAAACAUCACCUCCAGGGGCAAAUAGAAGCCAUGGAGGAAACCAACACAGACCCCCAAUAUUGAUCGGGAACAUGUUCUGGAAUGGGGCCCUGCAGUUGCUUUGUUUUCAAAAUAACUGCUAUCAGCUGCAGACUGCUUUUUUGGAAAAGGGUGUUUAUCAUAGUUUAGAUCUUAGUGUCAUUUGGUUGCAAGUCAUUCUGAAAGGUAUAUCUGUAUUCCAAGUUAGUAAAAUCUGUGCCAUGUCCUCAGUAUUCCUGAAAAGCCAUGGCUGUUAAAUUUGGCAUCAAUAAUAUGGAUGUAAUAAAAAAGAGGACUCUACUUACGUUGCAAGAACUUCAGAUGGAAGGUCAGUGAUGUAGGAAGGGAUCUUCCUCCCUGUCAAGAAUUGUGCCACUUCAUUGCUGAAUGUAUUGCAGUUAUGGUCAAAAAGGUUAUAAGCCUCUCCUCUGUGACCCCAAGAAAAAGAAGUUCAGAAAAAAUAAUAAUGAAUGAAUAUAGCAAGACUGACCUUUUUCAGAGGGAUUACAGGAAUAUGUGUGUGUGUGUGUAAAGCUAAUUCACCCCAUAACACUCAGACCUGUGUUAAGAGCAGCUAUGCAGGGGGAAUGUCAAAUGGAAAAGCUAAAGGUGAUAUUUAACUUGUUUCUGCUUGCAACUUCACAUGAAAUUGGCCUCUCUUCAUUUGCUUCCAAAUGUAUAUUUGCCUAUUUGGGAAUCUGGAAUGGAAAGGCUACAAGCAGGAAAUGAGUUAAGCAUUCCAUCCCCCAACUGCUUCUCCACUAAAAAUCCUUUCUCCUCCAAAUCACGUUUUAAUACACAAAGAGUGUUGGGACUUCAAUCUACGUGCAGUUGUGUAUUGAAGUGCAUCUCAGUUGUGUAUUGAAGUACAGAAACUAUUUAGAACUCACUUACCAUUCUAAGAUUAUGACACAAUUCUAUAUUAAACUAACCAUAACUCAAUAGUGAAGCAGCUUGGCAGGAAGGGGCAUAGGCAUCCCUAUCAACAGGAAUUACAUGCAGUCACCAGAAUAUUAGAAUAGAAACAAAGCAGAAUUCUCUCACCGGAAUAUAGAUUCACCCAAUGAGGACAAGUAUUCCAAGAACAGCUCUUCUGAAACUUCUGAGCAUCCCAGGUCUACAAUAGAGUCUGGGGGCCCAAGCAGAGUCCCACCCUGUGAAGUGCAUAUGCAGGAAGAUAUUCAGACACCAAGAACAAUUUACCAGCCUCCUAUGGGGAAUAUAUAAUGCUGAAAUAUUUCUGCAUUUCCCCCCCAAUUGCUUACAUCAAUUACCAUAUUUCCCAAAACACUAGUAAGAGCUUAUAGCAGUCAAGUUCCAGAAGGACUCUUGUACAUACUCAGUUUGGAGGUGGUGAACAGAAGGAAAAAGAUAAACCAAAUUUGAUUCCUACUCUGUUGCCUACAAAUCAGCUUUAAAAAUUGUGGAUUAAGGGGAAUUUAGGACCUCAGUAUCAGCUAUGCAAGGAAAGCAUUUCAGUUUUACUAUACAUUAAAAUUACACCAAGUUUGAUUGAAUAAAUGGUUUAGAGCGGGGGUAGGGAACUGGAUCCUGCUAAUGGCCUAGAUACUUAUCUUCCCCCAAUCAUGGACCAACUUUAAUAGGUGGGUUGGGACAUCUACCUGUCAAUCACCUGACAUAAUAAAGACUUCAGGUGACUGACACAGGUCAAAGUUUAAAAAGUUGCUGUAAAAAAUGAUUAGCUGAUCAACGGUUAAAACAGCCUCUUUUCAAUAUAUCCCUUCAGUGCCAAUGAUUGGCACUGGGAGCCCCUUGAAAUAAGCUCCUUCUAACUAACAGUCAGCUGAUUUUUGAUUAGAGGGAGUCCCUUUGAAGUCUCUGCAGAGAGGGAAAUGUUCCUAAAACUGGACCAUCUCCUCUGCAGCGAAGGCUGUUUGAAGUGCUUUGAAUACAACUUCCUUUGGAAAUAAAAUAAAUGCUCCUUUUAAAAAUGGCGCAUUUAUUUUUUCUUUCCAAAGGAAGCUUGUGCUGCCCCUUGUGGAGUGAUUUCCAUGUGCUAAGUACUGGGCUUGCAAAGUACCUUGAACCGCAUUUCUGAAGUUCUGCCAAUCAACUGACUGUUGGACGCCUGGGAAGCGCUGUGAAAAAGGUUGUUCAGCAGUGCCUGCUAGUCCCUUUUGUUGAAGCCCCAUCUUUACCUACCCAACACCUGACGGCCUAUAUGACCAGGUGUUUGGCAAGUGGGUGUGUCUUGGCUGAAAUCGCAUCUCAGGCCAACUGAGGAGCCUGUGAGCUAGAGCUUCCCCACCCUUGCUUUAGAGCAUGAUGUACUGGAUGUUCGAAAGCUGGUCAUAAUGCACUAAAUAUUCCAGUUACUUGCUAUUUUUCUGAAUGGGAUACAGAAACAGAUCAACCAAAAAAAUAUAUGGGAAAAAUAAGAGAGGAAAAAGUAGGUAUAGAAAAGAAGUUCCAAGACUUACAGGUGGACAACUGGCGAUCCCACCACUACCAUAGAAGAACUCAUCCCUGUGAACAACUAUGGAAGUGUGCCUGAAGGGGGUGGCAAACAAGACAGGUAGAAACAUUUAUGUAGUGAGAUACACCAGAGAUUAAACAUAACCAAGACUAAAAGUUACCUGCAGCCUCUAGCCUCAUAUAGUCCUAUAUCAAUCUGUUUAGGAAGACUACUGAAAAACAAAAAAACAGAUCCUUACCUAAUUUCAGACAGCAUUUUCUGUCCUUACAAAUUGUGAAAAUAAUUAAUGAGUCUCUAAUAAAAAUGCCUAGAAAGCAUGUGAAUGAGCCCUUACUCCAAAAAGUGAGGCACCACCAUCCAGCAUUGAAAGGACCAUGCAAAGCACCUAAUAACACGGCCUAAUUUGGUGUUGCUACUUUCCCGAACACUCAUGAAAUAAGUUUGUGAAGUACAUAAUUGUGGAAAUGUUUUAUGCUAUGAAAACAUCAAUUAAUGUUAAGUCUAGCUACUCACCAAAUGCCAUCCAACUGCUUACCUGCAUAUAAAAAGAAAAGCACCAUCAGCAACUCAGUUUGCAUGCUGCAAUCUGUUACUCGCCUUCCAUGGCUAUCAAUUCACAUUUCCCUAGAAUACACUUACACGUAAACUCAUAACAGUGCCUUUCUAAAAGAAAAAGCAGGAAAAAUACUGUAGUGUUCUCUCCCACCCUAAAGUUGGUAUUUGAUGGAAUUAGGAAUAGUUUGUGCCGUAAUCCCUGGGUUUUAUGAUUACAGGGGAAGAAUUCAGACUUUCUGAAUAGGACAAAGUGCUAAUUUUUGAAAGCAACAUGUUUUACUUUACAAACAGCUCAGAAGAGCUGCAAAAGGUCCUAUAACUAAUGUAUUGGACUACAGAUUUGCCAGGCUUGCAAACAGUUACUGGCCUGCAGUGCAUAUGAAUGUCCAGAUAACCAGGCAGAGCAACUUUUUGUAAACUUCUGAAAGGCGGUUCUUCUCACUUCCAUUUAGAAUGACAAUUACUAGAGAAAUUAUGGGUGGGACCUGGGUAGGCUGUGAAGUAUAAUGUGUAAAACUCUAUCAUGAUGAUUUAUUGUAAAUGUUAACCUUUCUUAUAGUACAAAUCAUGUAAGUCGACAAAGUAUUUAUUCCUCUCUUUUUUGUAUUCACUUCUGACCAUGCAGUUUGGAGUUUCUCUAUCUUUAAUAUUAACCUUCAAAAUACAUCAGGUUUGAAUAUAACAGUGAAAGUACAUUUUUUAAAAAUUCUAACCUGGGAAAAUCCUAGUAAUAUUCCCCCCUGCCCAAUUCCCUACAUAUUGCUGAGGCUUCAGUCCUGUGCCUGUGCACUUCAUAGUAAGUGUCAACACACAUGAGGCUGCAGAUUUAGAUUUAGGAUACUUGUACUGGCUUGAUGGUAGAGACAGAGAUAGCUGAAACCAGUAUAAAUUAAAUUGGAAUCACUUAUCUGUGUGAAUCAGUUCUCAUUCAGUUACCUAGUGGCUCCUUUUAAUCUAGAUUUAUUGGAAAAAGGAAUUAGUGUAUUUAUCACAUACAAAUAUACUUCCCCUGUUUCUUGGGAAAGAAUGCAGAAUAACUUGCCUAAGUCUGCAGUAUAAAAGCAAAAGCCCAGCCUUAAGUAGAAUAGAGUUCAGUGUGGGAGGUACUUAUAUUCCAUGCAGGCUAAAUCUGUUGUGAAACUUUCCUUGCUCAUAGUGACAGUGCAAACUCAGAUGUAGAGAUUUCCUUCAAUGAGCUUCAUUAAGUUAACUCAUUUUAGGAUGUAAACUAUUAUUCUAAACUUCUAGUCUGUAUGUAUAAAUGAAAAGCUUCUAUCUCUGUAAUGUUGUCCUUUAACUCCCCUGUCUCUCAUAACUCAUGACAGACCUAUUGUCGAACAGAACUUUUGCAGUGAAAUAUAAAUUUCGUAAUGGAACUGCAGAACAAUGUUAUGUUCAGAAAAGUAUAAAAUACGUAUGUUGCUUUUUGUAUGCGAGCCUUCCUCUGCAUACAGGCACAUGUCUGAAGGAGUAAUUUCUGGUAACUUUGCAUACCCCUACUUUAAUAUCAAAAAGCAAUCAUACUCUACUUUCAGGGUUGUGUGAUAUUCUUCAGGUUGUUCCUGAAAGUGUCCAGGAAUUCUCUCUAGAAAUGUUGGACACUUGUGUCUGGGUAGUGUUGGGGGUCAAUAAACCGAGGCUGAAUCAUGAUAAGAUGGAGGUGCUGUGGGGUGAGCGGUUUCUGUCUCCAAAAACUAGGUGGACAACUUGUUCUGUGAGGGGUUGCACUCUCCCUGAAGGCACAGGUUCAUAGCCUGGGAGCACUCCUGGACUCUUAACUUGUCACUGGAGUCUCAAGUGGCUUCUUUGUCUAUGAAUGCAUAUGCCCAGUUGGUUCACAAGUUAUGGCUGUUCCUGGAUAGCCUGGAUUCAGUUGUCCAUGCUCUGCUGACUUCCUGCAAUGUGGGGCUGCCCUUGAAGAUGGUGCUGCCUUGUUGGGAAUGACCCAUGACACAGCCUUUUGGGUGGCUGUUUCCCCUUUAUGAAAUGCCCUCCCUGAUGUGUUUUGCCUGAUUCCCUCACUGCUAACAUUCAGGAGGACUUUAAAACCAUUCCUGUUUACUCAGGCAUUUGAUGGCUUAAAAAUACUGUUCUUUGUAACUUUGCAAUUACUAACCGUGUAGGUAUGCUUUACAUGUUUCUAAGUGUUUUAAAUAUGUUUUUAGUUUAUUUUUAACUGUAUUGUUUUACUGCUUUGGUGUUUGGUGCCCUGGACAACUUUCAGAGAUAGAAAUUUAAGGAAAAAAUAGAAGGGAGAGCUAAGAAUGUGAUAAAAGAAGUAUAUUCUCAAACACUAUAUAACGCAGUCCAAUGCUUUGCUCCUAUAUUCUUUUCUUAGUUAAACUACAUAAAAAGCAUUACUUAUAGCAAAGUAGUUAAAGUACUCUAGGCUUGUUAGAUCUGUUAUGACUAAGCAUCUAGAACUACUUAAUACCAGGAAGUAAAUGAUUUAGACCAGCAGCCCUUUCAUCCAGACACAAACUCCUAACUGUUCUGUGCAAUACUAAGAAUAGUCCUUACUUCCUCUGCUAGCUUUCUCCUCCAUGAAUUAAGACAAAAAUGUGCAUGGAUAGUACUUCUGCAACAAAAGGUUUCCAUGCUUAUGGACCUAAUGAAUAUUCAGACAGUUACUAUGUUGGGGAAACAAAUACCGUAUACCAAUUCUUAAGCCUAGAGGCAGGGCAGACUUUGUCUCCACUACCGCACACGGACAAGUGUGAUUCGUACUACUGGGGGGGGGGGGGGAGUGUACGCUGGAAGUGAGUGCAGAUCCUGUACAGCAUAUCAUCCCUGAUACGUUGAAAGGGUAUAGUUGCUGCUGUUCCUUAACGUAACCCCUGUCUACCCUCCACCUUUGAGUUGUGCAUCCAGCCCUCUACCUCCCCUUUGGGACGAGAAAACAGAGAAAGUUGUUCGGAUUGCGAACAGGUAAAAUUACCACUUUCCCUGUUCCUUCGGGUCACCCUCCAAGCCCCGAAGAAGCCUCUUACGUAACCUAUGUGUGCGGGGGGCGGGGGAGGAGGAGGACGGCGCCCGUUAAUAUACAUAACACAGACGGCGGUUAAGGAUCAAGACCCACAUCAACUUCCUCCCCACUCCCCGGCUGUAGGACCCCUGCCCGUCCCCUCCCCCCUCCCAUUUGAGCCACCCCCUUCCCCAAUAAUACGAAGGCAAAGGCUUCCUCUCCCCCCACCCCAGGCAUCAUCUGACAGAAACAGAGGCGACGGACGGGGUCGUCUCUCCAUCCCCCCCCCCGGGGCUCCUCUCACCGAGCAUGAUGGGGCUGAGGCGUCGAGCCAUGCCCUUGGACAGGUCGUAAACGUAGAGCUUCACCGGGUGCAGCAUCGGGGGCGAGUCCAUGGCAUUGGCGGAGGGCGACAGAAAGAGGACGGAGGGGGCGACGGGGAAGGAAGCUCUUGACCGAGGCCAGUGGUAACGGUGGUUAGUGGGCGGGGGGCCGGGAAAGCGGGGAGCCCAGCCGGCCCGGCUCCUGCUCCUGCGGCGGGUGACAGCCAACUGACAGAAGGGGACAGAGGCGAUGGGAGGAGGGCAGCGGGGAAGGGAACGUUCGCCGCACGCAUGCGCCGCCCCCACAAGGCGAAUCCAGGUUGCCAGUCACGGCGCCUCUGUGAGGGAAGGGCGCUAGGCAGCCGGGGGGCGGGGCCAGGGGGCGAGCGUGGUUUGGUUCCAUGUGGGCGGGCAGCGACGAGGACACCAGAGUUCUUCGGGGCGAUUGGUUAGAAGGCGGGGAGAAGGGCGGAGCGUAUAGCCAUUCCCGAGCAGUAACAGGUUGCAUAGUGACUGGUGGGCGGGGUUAUUCAACGCAGGGGUGGGCAGGGGGCAUGACUUGAAUAUGUAACUGAGACGUAAAGGACCUCCGAGCGAACUUGAGGCUGCCAACCGUUCUAUAGAAAUAGGAAAGAUGAGAGUAUCGAAUUCCAUUGUCUGAACAAGGAUAUUCCUGGUUCCUUUAGGCUCUUUUCCCCCCUCCCCAGGAGCACAGCCCACGGAAAACAAUGAAUAAGUGUAGGAUUCCUGUUCUUUCUCAUUUAUUUCGUAUUACGAUGUGGUGUUGUUGUUGUUGCUUUUUAGAGUUGUUAAUUGCCAAGUAGGCCGUUACAUUUCAUGUUGCAUAUUGGGAGGGCCCGCUUGGUCUAGAAGAAUGGUUUGUGGCCCUUCACUGCUUGCUAUUCUUCCUUUCUUUACAAAAAAAUAUACCCCAGCUUUUCACCAUCAGGUCUCCAAGCGGCUUAAGUUAAAGCAAUAUACAGUGGACAAAAUUUAAAAACAUAAACCUUCAGGAUUAUUGCAAGUUAGCGGAUUUUAGAAGGCUUAGUUUUUCAUUCAGAAAACUCUCAUGCAAGACACCUUUCAAGCUACAGGAAGAGUAAGUUUUGCCCUUUCAGCUCAAAUUCGGCGCUCAAGUUGUACAUAGAAGCCUUGCACGUUGCAAGCAUUGCGUUUUAAAAUGUUUUAAAACUUUUAGGCUGCAAUCCGGUGCACACUUACCCGCGAGUAGGUCCCACUGAACUCAAUAGGACUUAACUGUGGGUAGAUAGGGAUAGGAUCCCGCUCCUAAGAGACAUAUUGGAAAGGGCAGGACACUUUUGGUUUUGUGGGUGGUUCGCUGCUUCCCAGACUCAGCUAAGCGAAACUCCCCGAAACAAUCAUUUUAUUUUGAAUGACUAUAUGCAAUCUUAAGUAGGUGGGGGGAGGGGGGAGGAGAACAAGCUGUAAAGGAGCCCGAAGUUGAGAAGUCAGUGUGAAUCUCUACUUUUUAAAGUCUAUGGUGAGUAUUGAUCGCAGGGCUAUGGCGGGCACGUUUGGGAUAAGGCGCAGCCUGCUUUCCCCUCCCCAUUGGACAACUGCGCUGUUAGGGGCGGGGGUUAGGCGUGACUGACAGAUUCCGGGUUUAGUAAGGUGUCGGGGACGAAAAGAGGCGCUCGGGGAAAUUCAGGUAACUGCAGUUUUCCCGCCUGCUGGUUGCUGCUGCGGUGCAGCCUUUCCACGUCUGAGGGGGGCGCCGCCCCCGAGCUGGUGCACUUAGUGGCCGUGGGUUGGGAACGAACUGCUUUGCGGGAGCUAAGGAAGCUCCUUAUUUUCUGAUUUCUGCCUACAGUAGGGCCCCAGGUCUUGAUCACACACACACGUGCAUAUUGACAUGUGUUUGGGGAUGCCAGACUUCCCUAAAUUGCUGGAUCCAGUAGGUGUCCGAUUUUAAUCAAGCCUCCUGAACUCCUGGAUCCAGCAAGGGUUGAAAUAGAAGGCAGGCCAGCUUCCUCAUGAGGAAAUUGCCUGGGCUGUUAAGAGAACAAAGGAAAGGUGAUGAGCCAUUAAGAAAGCGAUGGAGAGGAGGCUCUGUGCCAGAGGCCAAAUGGGUGGGGGCGCUUCCUCCAGCUCUCAGUGAGUUAGAAGGACAAAAGCCAGAGUUGGGAGUUGGCUGUGUUGGGACCUAGAGGAAAAAAAGGUUGCAGGAAAAGGCAGGGAGAAAGCCAUUGCUGAUGUCUGCUAGAACCCAAGGUUAUAGCUAUGGGAGAAACAAUAACCUCUGGGGGUGUUAAUCUAGCGAACCCCUCCAUUGUAGGCUCUGGUUAUACAGUGGUACCUUGGUUCCCAAAUGGCUUGGCUCCUGAACAAAUCGGCUCCCGAAUGUCGCAAACCCGGAAGUUAGUGUUCCGGUUUGUGAAUGUUUUUUAGAAGCUGAAUGACCAUUUCGGCUGUCAGCAUUAUUUCUGGGGCCAAUCAGAAGCUGCGCCUUGGUUUGCGAACGGUUUGGAAGUAAAACGUACUUCCAGAAUGGAUUGAGUUCGGGAACCAAGGUACCACUGUAUAUAUGUGUAAAUAAACCGUCUAUCGUAAAGACACCACAAUCUCCGCUGUGCCUCAUUUCCAAAAGGAAACAUUAACCCUGGGCAUAGCAUCUGAAACCACUGGGAUCUCACUCUGCUUGGAGACUGGAGUGGUGUGCAACAAUAUGUUUCUCCUGAGUCCCCCUCCCCGCAACUGUCAUUGUAUUUAACAAUGUGAAGAGUCUAAAACUGCCUUAAAAUAAUAGUUGUGAUUCUUCACACAUGUCUGAUUUAUUUUCAAUAUGCCAGUUUCUUACCAUGCCACUGUAAAGAUUAAUGUGCUGGUUAAAUGAAUACAACAGAGCUUACUUGAAUUUUCUUCCUCUUCUCUCUCUCUAUGGCAGACCACUUAUUUACUGAUAGGUAAGUGACUUUUUUCAAGCUUCAAAUUACCUCCCUGUAGUAGUGCUGUAUGUAUUGUAUUUUAACUGUAAAUUUGACACAGAUGUAAUCAUAUUCCAUUCGUAGCUCAUUUUAUUCCACUGGCUGUUGUUGAGAGAGCCAUUGUGAUACGAGAUGGGGUUUGGGGAUGCCAGACAGGGCCAAAGUGUUAUGUGUGGGAGAUACAUGAACAGCCUGAGGACUUUUUUUGUGUUUGCUGAAAAGCAGCUGUGUAAGACUGCCAGCUUGAAAAAAGCAACAGCAUUCCUCUUCUCCCACCUACUGUUUAUCCUUUCAAAGUCAUGAUUUUAGGGGGUGCCUGGAAGCACAUGUAAUAUAGUAUAUCUACCUUCUUUGUUCAUUCUCCUUAGCACAACGUGAAAGCCAUGGCAGACUGGCUAUCAUACUACAAAAAUGAGGAAGGUGAAGAAGAAGAGGAACAAAAUGAAGAUGUUGAAACAAUUGGUAAGAAUUGGUUCCCAACCUUUUUUGGCCAUGCCCCACCUAAGCAUCUAUAAAAUCCGGAUUCCCGCCCCUGUGAAAUAUAAUUCUUAUUAUUUAAAAAGUGAAUUCCUAUUCCUGUGGAAGAAGCCUAAAAGGCCAUUCACUGUUAAUAACUCAUUCUUGAAUUGCCCUCCUUAAAAAUCAAAUUGCCCCCCUGUGGGGCGUGUAUUGGGAACCACGGGUCUAUAGGCUUGUGUGGGCUAAUUAUUUAUUAUAGAUGAGUUAAAGCUAUUUUAGCUUGCAGCUAAUCUAGCACAUCAAUACUGAAAAUAUCUGGGAACCAGUACAGCUGAGCCAGUAGUUUAACUGGCAUUUGUAUAUGUGAAACACUUUGUGGCAUACUUAUAACAUUUUGCUACUCUUGAUUACCGCUGCAGGAUGCUAAGAAACCCGGGUUGGUUUUGCUUUUUUAAGAAGGCAAGUGCUUAGCCUUUGUGGGUACAGAGGUAGGUGAAAGCAUGAGAGCACUGUCUGCAAAAGGCUGAUGUCACUUUAUGUGCUCUUAGAGUGGGCUGCUUUAUGCAGUUUCUUGGUAAGACAAACACACUGACCACUGCAAUACCAGUGAAAGGCAUGAUGAGCCGUGGUGCAGGCAGCCUAUUGAGAAAAAGCAGUCUUCUCUUAGCCCAUCAUGGCUGUACAAAUGCAUACCCUUUCUUCUACUAAGACCAAGUUUAAUUGUGCAUAGUCUAAAGAAUGUGUGAAUUGUAAUAAGGCAACAUAGUGAAGUACAAGAAUUGAGUAAAAUGAGAAUGAUUUGCAUACAGGGUUUGACAUUUUUUUCUCCGUAGGAGAAUAUAAAUAUUCAGGUCGGGAUACCUUGGUUUUCUUAGUGGAUGCCUCAAAAGCCAUGUUUGAUUCCUAUGAUAAUGGUGAUUUGACUCCUUUUGAUAUGACAAUCCAGGUAAGAUGACCCUUCAGAAAUUUAAUAUUACAUAUUGUAUGUUUUGAAAGUUCCUUAAAUGUGUUGUUUGUAGUAUAACCUGAUAGAACUAGCUGUCAGUUCUGUUUUAUGUUUUGGCAGUUGCCAUAUUAUUCCAUUUUCCUUAGGAUAAUGAAAGGCAUUUUAUGCAGAGGGAACAAAGUAAUGCUGAGUUCUACUUUUCUGUUAAAUUCUUUUCAGUUUAUAGAAAUUUAGAUGAAAGUUGUGUUCUUAAAAUUAAAAACCAAAUCUGGGAGCAGAGCAACAUUCUCUGGAAAUGGUUGUCUUCUGUCUUCAUCUGUGGGAGAGUUUAAACACUUGAAAAGCAGGCAGUUGCAUUGUCCCUGUGCUGUGCUACAAUAAAAAAUACAUACCUUAGUCUAAGCAUAGUUCCUGAGUUCUGUAUGUAGUGGUACUGGGGCACUUUCCUGAGUGCUGUUUGGCACAAUUUUAUGCAGUUUUGAAAACCCCUCUCCAUUCCUGAGUUUACAAAAGGAACACUUCUAGAAGCUGCUGAUUCUCCCCUUUCCUACUGUCUUUGCCAGUUUAUUAUACAUUCUAAAUGUUAGUUGCUGCUGUGUUCACCAAAACCCCCAACGAUUCUGGUGGUAGUGGCAAAAGGGGGAAAAAUAAAUAAAGUAGAACAGUUCUAGGAUGAGCAGAGAGGAUUCAAACUCUGUCCAGCCUAGUGCUCUGAUGGAGGAUGUAAACCCCCCACUCCCCAUGAAUCAGAAUGAUUAUUUCAACAGUGCAGAGGGAAUUAUACCCUGCCUCCUUUUAGCUGAUCUGCAGUGAUCAGCUGAGGUGUGGACUAUGAGUUUGCAGUUGUGAGAAUGUGGAUGGCUACACCCACUACUGGUAAGCAGCUCUCUAGAGGGUUGACUGUGGGUGAAUGCAGCCCUUAGGCCCAAACAGUUUAGCCAGCCCUGCUUAAAAAAUGGAUGGACCUUGGUUCUGCAAAAAUCAAAGUGUGAGACCAAAAAAAUGAAAAGAAAUGAAAUCUUGCAUGUAUUGCUUCAGGAGUGAAGCCCACCUGUGUCCAGUUGCCUUGCUUCCAUGUAAGUGUGUGUAGGAUUACAGUCCAGCACAAUUCUGAGAAGAACCAACAAGAUAGAAUGAAGCGGAAGGCCAUUGCUCAGUGGUGGAACACAUGCUUUGCAUCUAAAAGGGCCACAGCUAAAUUUAUGGCACCUCCCGGAAGUGCUGGGAAAGACUGCUAUGAAACUUUGGAGAGUCACUACCAGUCAGUGUAGACAGCACUAGAUGGGUCAAUUCAGUGUUGAACAUCUAGAUUCUCUCAUCUAUAAAUGUCCUGUGGAGUUAGGGGGUAAAUGUCUUAAAGCACUGUGGCAGUCUUGGAAGUAUUUCUAGAUGUUUUAAUGCCAUCUUUGAUGUGUAAAUGCUGUUUUCUUCAAUGGUCCUUUUCCUCUCUCUUCCCAUCUCACUUGAACUUUUUUUUACCAGUGCAUUAAGAAUGUGUACACAAACAAGAUCAUCAGCCAUGACCGGGACCUUCUUGGUGUUGUGUUUUAUGGUACUGAGCAACAUAAGAAUUCUGUGGAUUUUAAACACAUUUAUGUUCUUCAGGAUUUGGACAAUCCAGGUAAAUAUAUAAUAAUAUGAGGUGUAAAUGUGAAGCAAGAAUACAGGAAUGAGGCAUGGUACUUUGAGUAGCAGAGGUGGCCCACUGUUUUAUUUUGCACAAUGCUUAGGGUUGAUGCUUUUAAAAUGCUUAAAUUCUGCCAGUGUUGAUGCUUUGUAAAUACUUGAUAAUAGUCACAACUGGAGGAAAACCUCCUCCCUAUGGCUGUCUGCUCCCCACCCCCCAUUCACAUAUUUGUUUAAGAUACAAUUUUCUAAACUAGUAUCAACUCAAGUGGCUUUUACAAUUGGUGACAAUCUAAGGUACUGUCCAUUUCAGAGUUCAGUCUGUAGUGAAGUCAUUGUGUUGUAGCAGCUUGGUCCAUAUUUAGUAUGCCCCCAUCAACCCAUUUGUGGAAUCUUUGACGUCUGUCACACGGCUUGACAUGUAGCUUCAGACACUUGCAAGCUACAGUGCAAAACCCAUUUCAGUAAGCUAAUGUUAGAAGUCAUAAAGAAACUAGCGUUAGGCUAAUAGGCUAAGUGUAAUGCAGCCAUUAGUCAAACCAGAACAGUUCUGCAGUAACUCCUCCUUGCAAAGUGGAAAUCCACAUGCAAUGGGACUUCUGGUUUCACAUCUCCCUCCAGCCCACUGUGCACCCCCAAAACCUGCUACAGAGAAUUCCCCAAUCCUUUGUAGCAGAUAUCCAUUCACACUAUACUCAAUCUCACCCACUGGUUUUUGUGUUUGUUAUGGCAUUAGGUUCUGCAGGGAGCUGCAUAGGAAGUCUCAUAUCCCAGAAACUACAGCUUAGUCCAGUUUCAAAAAAUGUACAUAGUUUUAAUGAUUACAAAGUUUAACUCCAGAUUUAAUUAAAACCAUCACCAACAUUGGUAAUCAAAUGUGAUUCAGUCAUCCACUUAGGUAUUUUGUUGUUUCUUCCAAAAUACUCAGAAAGUUUUUUGUGGAUAAGUUCUAUCACCAAAUGUUGAAGUUAGUUACUUCGUUCAUCUCUGAUGCUCCUCAGGCUUCACUUAGCCAAACUUGCAAUUUCAGGCCUGUUCCAGUUUUGAGCGAAGUUUCAUUAGCAACUAAGAAAAGGCAGUAGUCCUUGUCGCACACAGAGAGCUGCUCUACUGAACACUUGAUCUCUUUUCAUAAGUUGAACGAGAAACAUCGUAGACAAACUACUGAAAGAUUUGCAAAUUCUGGCAUAUCAUGGCUUAAAAGAGUAGUGCUCUUUGUGUUUUGUAGGACAGCACUGAACUGUUGUCAUUCAUUUUCUGUUCUUUUUUUUUAGGGGCAAAACGAGUGUUAGAGCUGGCCAAGUACAUUGGAGAGCAAGGGAGAGCGCUCUUCCGCAAAUCCUUUGGCCAUAGUGCUGACUACUCACUAGGUGAGGCAUUCUGGGUUUGCUCGAAUCUCUUCAGUGAUGUCCGCCUCAAGAUGAGCCACAAAAGGAUCAUGCUGUUCACCAAUGAAGAUAACCCUCAUGGGCAAGACAGCGUGAAAGCCAAAUUUGCUAGGACCAAAGCCGCUGACCUCCGAGAGACAGGUCAGUACUUCAAACUAAAAUGGUGCCGCCUCUUAGCGAACUAAACAGUGUUUGCAAAACUGGUUCCCAAUGCUAUUUGUUAUAAGUAAUCUUAGGGCACAAUCAUUUAUUACAUUUUUCUCCCACUUUUCUUUCAAGAAAUUGAUGGAGGCAUGUGUGGUUCUGUCCCACCCUCCUGUAUUCUUACAACUCUGUGAGUUAGGUUAGUCUGACUCUGAAGAGAUAGUGACUAGGCCAAAGUCACCCAUUUGAAAGCUUUAUGGCAUGAGUGGGUAUUGGAACUUGCUUGUGCACUCAAACUUCUUUUAAGCUGUUUAGCAUAGUGCAGAACGUGAUUGGUGGCUGAAUUUGAAAGCAGGCUAAUGGAGAAUGUUGGUGUACAUUAACCCUUGCUAGUAUGAACUCCAUACUCUUUGCUUUAUGCCACGGGCGCCAAGUAUGUGGAGCUGUGAGGACCAAGGGCCCCUCAAAUCCCAGAUCAGAGGGGUGCUCCCCUCCAUAUAUUUUGGGUGGUCAACAUCAUGUGCACACACCGCAGAGUACAAUGAUGUCACGUGCAUGGCACACUGAUGUCAUGCAGCCAGGGCCCUCUCAAUCAAGGCGGCACGCAUGCUUCUUGUUCCUUCCCUGACCCCUGUGCUUCGUUCUGUGGCUGUUUAAGCUCUUUUGCAAAAUGAAAACCUUUAACAUUCUAGGAAAUUGGUAAUCUAUAUUGCUCCAAUUCUGUUUUGACUCCAGGUAUCUACCUUGACUUAAUGCACUUGAAGAAGCCUGGGGGGUUUGAUAUCUCCUUGUUCUACAGGGAUAUAAUUAAUACAGCAGAAGAUGAGGACUUGGGAGUCCAGUUUGAUGAGUCUGGAAAGCUAGAAGACCUCAUGAAGAAAGUACGAGCAAAAGAGACCAGGAAGCGAGCUUUAGCCAGGUGUGUAUUGAGAAAAAAAUUAAAUUCUCCUCCUCUUGUGGCGUAGUGGUCAAGAGAGAUUUUGGAGAAAAUACUUCCUCUCAAUAAAUGCCAGCCACUUAACAGUUAUGUUAAAGUACAUAAUGCUAAGUUGUGGAAAGUUUCCUUUGUGUUGUUUUGGGGUGAGAAUCUUUUCAUAUGCUUUUAUCUCUUUAAAGACAAUACAGGAUCUAGAAAGCUUCAAUCUGUAUUUCUUGAUUCUUGGCAGGCUGAAUUUGUAUCUGGGAAAAGAUGUGGCUCUUUCUGUUGGCAUUUUCAACUUAGUGCAGAAAGCUGUCAAGCAGCCACCAGUGAGACUUUACAGAGAAACCAAUGAGCCAGUGAAAACAAAAACCCGAACCUUUAAUCGACAGACGGGUAGUUUGCUUCUGCCAAGUGACACCAAGAGGGCUCAGGUAAGGUACUUUGAGAAUUAUUUCCUCAGUCUCCUCUCCCCCAUUUUCCCUUGGCAGAAUUUGCAAGCCCAUUUUAAAAAAUGGAAGAAACAAUCCAGACACAUCAUAGCACCUGUUGGGAUUAGCAAGCCCUAUCAGCCAGACCCUGUGUUCCAUUGUGACACACAAGGUCUCUUUAAUAUUUAUAUGCCAAAGAUUAUAUAUGUACUGAUUUUUCUUCCCUUUCCCCAACAGACUUCUGGGUUGGGCUACGAGUAGAGGAAUAAUUUUAUAAAUAAUUAUUUGCAAAUAAUUGGGCCCUAUUGUGUCACACACUGGCAAUUGUUUUAAGCAUUUUCUCUAAUUUUCCAUUUUCUUCAAGCAUAACUUUCUGUCUUUUGGCAGUUAGUUCUCAUUAAUUUCCAAGGUUUUUAAAGGACAGUCAACUAGUUUUUUGUUUUUUUAAUGGAAGUAGCCUGCAAAUAAAUGACCUCCACAAGGAAUAAAGCUAAGGCUCUAUGUUGCAGAUCAGGUGGCUAAUGUUGCAAAAAUGUUUUUGGCAAGCAUUUAACAAAAGUGUGUUCAUAUGAAUGGUUUUGCUGCAUGACCGGUUUUGUUUAUAUUGUUCUAGUUCCAAGGAUCUCGGAGGUCCUGUUCAUCAUGGACAACCUCUGGCUCUCCUCUUGAGCUUGGAACUGUGCAGAAGAACCAGGGAUUGUCCCCAGGCCGCUGCUUUUUGAAAGUGAUUUAAGCCUGAGGCUCCCUCUAGUUGAGCAUCAGCUGGGAGAAUGUUGGGGAAGGGUCAAAAUUUUGGCUGACUACCAAAGGCAGCCUAAAUUUGUGGACCCCUGGAAUAGCUAUUCCCACCCUGAGGUGCAAAGAGAGGGAACCCACUGCAAGUGGGAGCUUUUGAAAUAGGAGUGACUAACUUGUGGUCCUCCAGAUGUUGUUUGAGUGCAUCUCCCAUCAACCCCAGCCAGCAUGGCCAGGAGUUAGGGAUGAUGGGGGUUGUAGUAGUUCAGCAACACCUGGAGAUGAAGAGGUUAGCCAUCCCUGAUUUACAGUAUGUGGAUAAAAACAGGAGUAGCUGUCUGAUAAAAUUAUUCUUGGCGAGUGAGACAAGAAUGGUUUUACCCAGAGGCUUGCCAUAGAUCUCUUUGCUGACUUUUUACAGUGUAACUACAGAUUUGCUAGACUCUAUAGGCAUGAUUAUGUUUCCAAGAACACUAGACCUAUAUUUUACUUCACUUGGGCCCGAGCUUGUUAUUUUUCUAGCUACUUUUCUUCCCCCUGCUCCCUUUUUGUAGAUCUAUGGGAACCGUCAGAUUGUGCUGGAGAAAGAAGAGACAGAAGAAGCAAAAAGGUUUGAGCCACAAGGCUUGUAUCUGAUUGGCUUCAAGCCCCUGGUAAUGUUGAAACAACACCAUCACAUCAGGCCUGCCCAGUUCAUCUAUCCUGAAGAGUCUUUGAUUAGUGGUAAGCAUAUUGUGGGAAGGAUAUUCUGCUUUGUAACUUGACAGUGAAAUUUCAUUGUGCAGAGCAGGAUUUCAAACAUGAAAAUAGGGGAUGAUGAUAUGAGGUCGACUUUUUGGACCCAUACCAGUCAGGGUACAGAGCAGGAUUAGGCUCAGUGCCAUGAUUAGCAUAUUGAUAAGGUUGCAUUCCUUAUCAAUUCCAAACAUUAUAUAUAUGUUAAAAUCACUCGGGAUGAAACCUUGUGGCUGCACAGGUUAAAUCCCGUGGUGUAGGACAACAGUCACCUAACAGCAAGUAGCUUGGUCAACUCCCAACAUCCACCCUGGAGGGUGGAUAAGAAAUCAAAUACAUCAUUAUAUUGAUUUGAUUUGUUGCCCUUCACCACAAGGUCCCAGGGUGGGUUACAGCGAUUUAAAAGUACAAUAUUAAAAUGAUUUCAAAACAAAAACCAUUACAAUAAUAGGGUGGGGAAAGAGGUGUGUCUUCAGCAUGCAAUGGAAACUACAUAAUGAGGGCGCCAGGCACACCUCUGUUGAGGAAAUUCCAAAACUUAAAGAGGUUGCCAUGGAGAUUGCCCUCUCUCUGGCUUCUGCCCGCCCCCCUGACUAAACUUUUGAGCUGCUGAUUAUUGCUACCCUCUAGAAAAGAAGCACAUUUACAAAAAACCAGAAACUAUACUUUUCUGUCCCAAAACCAUGGUAACCAGCCACACACAGAGAGAUAUAGUUGCAUAUAGUCCUCUGCAGAAGCUUGAUGUAGUUAUUUCAGAUGUGCUUUGAGCCACCAGAGUUGUUUCAUUAAAGUAACAAGCAUGGAUUUUUGCUUUUAGGAAGCACCACAUUAUUUAAUGCCCUGCUGACAAAGUGUCUGGAGAAAGGGGUGAUGGCCGUAUGCAGGUACACACCCCGUCGGAACACUCCUCCUCGGUUUAUAGCCCUGGUUCCUCAGGAAGAAGAGUUGGAUGAGCAGAAUGUGCAGGUGGCCCCCUCAGGUAACGAGUUGUUGGCAUUUCUGUCUUACAGAUGGCUAGUGUGGUGUUGUUCUACCACUGUCAGAAGUUUUUUCUGCCAUCUGAUUUAAGGAGAGGAGGUUUAUACUUUGAUGAGCAGCAUGGAGUGGCUAUAGAUUUAUCCCCCAUCUUGUAUAAUAUUAGCAUUACUUUUUAUGCACUGGUGUCUUAUAUAGCUUCCAGUGUAUGGUUUGGAUUACUUUGGCUGCUUCUGAUGAACUCAUUAAGGGUAUCUCAUCUCCUACAGAUAGGUAAUCAGUAACACACAAGAUAAUUUUGGGGUUCAUUUCAAUAUCCCACUAUUUAAUUGCAUCAGGUUAGUUCCUCCAGACUUAACAAGACUGGACCCAGAGAUGCCUUAGUGAGAAUAUUUCUGCUUUUGUAAGGUAAUCCAAAUACCACCAAUUUCUUCGCUCAGUGCACAGAGUCCUGCCUGCCACCUAAUACCACCCUAUUCUGGAAGUUACUCUUAAUUCUCAAGAACAGAUUUUUGGGCCAGGCAAAGAUCCUUGUCAGCCUCCAGUCUUUCCUUUCCCCAAACUCCUACAAAGUCUCCAUGUUUUGUGUGUGGGAUCUUGGCUCUGCCUGUUUCACCUUGCAAACUGUUAGGAUAUUUCCGUUCCACCUUAAAAGGGAGCAGGCUGUGAGUCACAGAGUCUGCGUAUUUCCUGUUCACAGGAUGUUUAUGUUUUCUGUUGCUUUCGUUUUCUCUCUGUGUCGCAGACACUAAAGCAGUCAGUCAUGUUUUUCUGUGUUCUGAUCAACGCUGAAUAAACUUGUAAAUAAUGCUCUCCUGACUGCAGCUUUUGGCUGUGCAUUAUCUGCUGAUAGAGUGUGCAUGAGCUCUAGAAUGUGGCAAGAUAUUUUCUAGAAACUCAUGUCGCUGCGUGCCUACGGGAGGUCGAUGGAUCGUCCGGCAGACGGCUUGGGGGCCUUGAUGGACCCCUGGCAGUAUCCCAGUUUCACCUUGCAAACUUCCAUAAGCUAUAUCUUAGAAGCUGUUGAGAUCUUCUUCCUAGUCUAUGUGAUGUUUCUCAGAACCAGAAUUUCUAUCUUCUAGCUGAGAGGAUGGCAUCUCUAUCAUGAGAUACUGUUAUUUGUGGACUAGUUUUAGAGCAAAACCAGAAUGCAGACCAGAAAUGUUUAUCAAUAACGGUAAAAAAAAAAUUCCUUAAUUGCUUGUGGGGUGAAAUACAUUUUACUCUUUGGUUAAGUAGUAUAUCAUAAUAUUUUUCCUGGCUUAUUGCUCUCACUAUGGGUAUUUAAAGAUGUCUUAUUCUGAGUUGUUUCUAAUAAAAUAAAUUAAGACAUGCUGUAGCUUUUUUCUGGUCUGCCUCUGUUAAUAUCUUUUGCACAUUAUGUCCCUAUUCUGAUAAAUUAUUCUGUUGUCUUCAAAACGUUCCCAUUCACUGACACUCAAAACAACUAGUUCACAACUGGUAGUUUUAGGUAGUAAUCAAGCAUUCACAUGUUGAUUUCAAUCUAAGUGGCAACCCUAACGAUAAUGUGACUUCAGAUCUGUAGAUCAUUUGUUAGAGAUAUGAGCAUUUGGGAACAUUUUUGAGUAUCUCAUUUCUUUCAUGUAUAUAUUCGUUCCUUCUAUUUAGGGUUUCAUCUAAUUUUCCUACCUUAUGCGGACGACAAACGAAAAGUUGACUUUACAGAGAAGCUCCAAGCUAAUCAAGAACAAGUAAGCAAAAUGAUGGAAAUAGUCCACAAGCUUCGGUUCAAGUACAGGUGAGUAGAGAUGGGAGGAAGGCAGGAUCAAUGCCCAUGUGCAAACAGUUCUUGGACAACCCAGUGGCACUGUCGCUCAUUUAUACUUUAACCCGGGAUUUCAACAGGAGUGAGAGCUUUGAGAAUCCGGUUUUACAGCAACACUAUAUGAACCUGGAGGCCUUGGCCCUGGACUUACUGGAACCUGAAAAAGCUGAAGAUCUGACAGGUAAGACUAAUUUAGUGAGUGUAGUUUGACAUUUCCCCCCUGUUGCAGUCCUUGGAAUUUCCCACAAGCAACGAACUGUUUAAUCCAAUGGUAUGUUUGCACAUCAUACAAAAAAUUGCAGGUUUUAGACUAAAGUGAGUUGCAGCUGAAGCAAAUGUGGGUAACCUGUGGCUCACAUGAGACCCUGGGGAGCCCUAAUCAUUUUGUCACCACUGCCUGACAGAUUAACCACCAACUGUAUUGGUAGGGAAAGAGAGGUGUUCCCGUCCUGCAGGUGUGUGGCAUCUUUGGUCCUCCAGAAAUGGCUGAGCCACAACUUCCAUCAUCCAACUUCCAUUGCCCAUGCUCUCUGGAGCUGAUGGAAGUUGCACGUCAGCAACACCUGGAGGCCAAAGGUUCCCCCCACCUUCUGUGCUGAUGAACAACACAUGGAUAUAGCAAUUUUGACUGCAUUGGGAUUGCUGUGAAGGGGAGGGUAACCCCGGCUAUCCCUAACACUCUCCAUGCAGCCAAGAUACUGGCUCAUGCUGCUGUUAGCCCAAAGCAGUAUUGGGACCAUAGCUGUCAACGUUUUCCUUUUUUUUAAGGGAAAUUCCCUUAUUCCGAAUAGGAUUCCUCGCAAGAAAAGGGAAAAGUUGGCAGCUAUGAUUGGGACUGGAUGCAUUUUGGAUCAUUGGGAUGGGUAGGGAGAGGUUGAAACCCGAUGCAGCCAAGUUUGCUGUCAAGCUCUGAGGGAAUCUGGAGUGCUGGGGAGGUUGAAAUGCAUGGGCAUGUGUGAGAGAGGGGUGGGUGGGGAGAGAUGUCAACAUGUGUCAGCUGUGUUGUUAUUAUUAAUAAUAAUUAAUAGUAGUGAGUGGGAAAGGUUGUGGGCCUGUGUGUGUUCGGGAAAGAAUUUGUGAGUGAGAAUACAUUUGAAUGAGUGUACAGUGGUACCUCGGGUUACAUACGCUUCAGGUUACAGACUCCGCUAACCCAGAAAUAGUGCUUCAGGUUAAGAACUUUGCUUCAGGAUGAGAACAGAAAUCGUGCUCCGGCAGCAGCAGGAGGCCCCAUUAGCUAAAGUGGUGCUUCAGGUUAAGAACAGUUUCAGGUUAAGUACGGACCUCCGGAACGAAUUAAGUACUUAACCCGAGGUACCUCUCUAUAAAUGUGAGAGGGGGGUGGACAUUAGCUCUGGCACCACCCACUGCCUCAAUCCACCCUUGGGGGUAAAGACUACAUAAGAACAACAAUGUGCCUUUCAUGUCAUAAACUGAUAGCCAAAAUUCAGUUUUGAAUCUUAUUUUUGACCGCAUGAAAUAAUCAGGAUCUCAUAAAAAAGGGCCUUAGACCUCCUGUUUUCUUGAGGUUUUAGAAACAAUGGAGCUCAGUUGGUAGAGCAUGAGACUCUUAAUCUCAAGGCCAUGGGUUUGAGCCCCACAUUGAGCGAAAGAUUCCUGCAUUGCAGGGAGUUGGACUAGAUGAUCCUUGUGGGACCCUUACAACUCUAUCCUGUGAUCUAUGGUUCCUUCUUUAUCAGUGUAAGCAUCAUUUUUGCUAACGGACCCGAUUGUUAGUUCAUGAAGACUGAAGCAAAAAUUAAGCUCUUCAGUCUUUCCAGUAUAUUCUAGCUUUUUGCUUCCCCAUUUCAUUGUGGCUCACUUUUGUCUUAGAUACGCCGUUUUCCAAAUUAAAAUGGUUUUAUAAUUUGUAUUUAUUUCAGUUGUGCUUUUGAACCAUCUACCUUAAAGCUCAGUGUUUUGUAUGUUUCCUCUGUAGAACCAUUAUUUCUGUAUAUUUGAAUAUUUUUGCUGUUUUGAAGUGUGUUAUGCAGACAUUUUCUCCCUAUUCUCCAGUGCCCAAGGUUGAGGUGAUGGAUUCCAGAAUGGGUAAUCUUGCAGAAGAGUUCAAACAACUAGUUUACCCACCAGGCUAUGAUCCGGAUGGGAAAACCACAAAGCGUAAACAAGGUAAGAUUGCAACAGAACCCAGAGAGAGAGGUAGUUACAUCCUUCAAGUUCAUUUUCUGCUCUAUCACACCAGAUUGUGGUUGGAUUAUCAUGGGCUAGGUAGGAGUCUAUCUUGACACUGUGUCAGUGUACUGUUGCAGGAUAUUUUGUAAUGGCUGUAUAAGAUAUAUUUUAUUUAUAACAAGGUAUUGGAAACACACAAGUAAUCCAAAAAUCUCUUUCCAGUAGGGGAUGGUACCAUACCACUAGAAAAGAAAGCAAAGAUCGAAAUCUCUGAAGACGACCUGAGGAAUCAUGUUCAAAAAGGCACUUUGGGUAAACUGACUGUGCCAGUUUUAAAGGAAGUGUGCAGGAAUUACAAGCUGACAGCAGGAACGAAGAAGCAAGAACUCUUAGAUGCUGUGACUGAAUACUUCAGUAGGCACUGAGAGUUCUAUGCUCACUCUCCUCCCUAAGAUUUUGACAAGGAAAAGGGGUGCAGCAUCUUUAUAGCCAUAGAUCAAAGGGAACAGGGACUUUUUUUCUUGAGAGUUUAAGACUAUGUAAUAAUGAGGAUUAAUGGGAAAAUGCUUCAUUCUCCCCACCUGUUUCUAGACUUUAUGAAAAUGUGUCUUAAUAAAUGAGCUUGUUAUGUA